AUGCGACUCUCCCAGGUUGUUCUUGCUGCAGCUUCUGGCGUACAACUGGCCAGCCAACCUACCUUGCGAAACGUUACAUUCUCGGGCGAUUGCUCGUCUAACACGGCAGACAUUGACACGGGAAACAUCGACUUUCAGCUGUUCAACAUCUCCACUGUCACACCUAUCGCUGGGCAUGGAGUAUGCGAAGCUGUGCUUAGUUAUGAAGACUGGCCGGUAGGGUACUCCAUGGCUAUCACGGACGCGACACUCCGAGGUCACCUCAAGCUGCCGAAAGCCACCAAACUCUUCCGGUUCAAGACCACUGUGUUUACUACUUUUCCGUCUGUAGCUGAAUUUGUUCUGCCAGACCUUGCGCGGGAAGGCGACUUUGAUGGGUAUAUCCAGGCGCCAGCUCUCGGGUUAGACCCUCAAAUCUGGACGUCGCCGUGCCGGCUGAGUGAUGAAGAACCUGGGAAUUGGACAGUUACGAUCCGGACUUUGGCUGAUGUCCAGGUUACUCGCCGCAGCGAACUAGAGCCGGGCGCUGUGGCGUAUGUUCCAGCACGCUUGGCUGUUGGAACGCCGCCGUUGGUCAUUGAUGAUGAUGUCGUCAAGCUUUACCUGAACAUGCAAUGGAAGCCAUGCGCUGAGUCGCAAGCCAGUGGUUGA